AUGCCAGAGUUACUUCAUACUGCAGGACACCAAUCUGCAGCACUUGGCAUGGUAAACCCCCGCUAUGCUGCGUCUCCGCUGGUUCAGAGACCAGCGCUUAAUGUCACUGAUGACGACGACGACACCAUCGCCGCCUACUACUUCGCACCACACUAUUCCUCUACUUCCACAGAUCUUUCCAACUCAAUGUCCUCAGAGAAUAUGGACGACUUCCCGACACCGAAAGCACGCUUAUUCGACAUGACGGCCCACGUCUCACCCGGCUUCCCUGUGCAGUCAGCGACUGGUCCCAUGUCGCAAAGGGCUAGUCGCACAGAUAGUGACUUCGAUUCAUUAUACGACAUGUCCGAAGACGAAGCAGAAGUACCUCUUCAUGCUUCAGCGUCUGUUAAGAAGUUUGCCACCCGACCGAGGAGAGCCCAUUAUCCGUCAAUUGUUAUUCCAUCACCUUCAGCUUGGCCUACGAUCGAGAAGCUAAAGAGUGCGACAUCUGCGGUACCCGUCACUACUACGCCUUUACUAACCCCGUCCCGUCGCUUUCUUGAGAUGAUUGAUUCACACAACCUGCAGGUGCCUGAACGGUCCGCAGCACCAUCCUUGGACGGUAGUCUAACAUCAGAAGAGAUGGACAAACUCAGUUGUCCGGCAACUCCCGAUGUAUUGCGGCGACGCGGAUCCUUCUCGAGCAUCGAUUCUUGGGGACCAAUGCAGCUUGACAUGCAGGCCAUGGAAACGCUUCAACAUCUGGGUAAUUCGCCUUGCACGGAACAAGACGAGCUACAGACACAGCCAGUUGCUGAUAGAAGAGGGGAGAUGCAAGAGUUGCCCCGCCCGAAUCUCCAGCUCCAGAUUCCAACGGCCGUCUUCGGAAACGGAUCUUCUGGCAGCACCCCUGUUUCGAUCCUUUCCAUUCCAUCUCCAGGAGGGUUUUUCUCCUCACUCCAAUCGAAUGCCCGUCACACUUGGAGCAUGUCUAAAAGGGAAGAUUCAAUACCAAACACCUCAACAGCCGAAAAUUUCUACAAUCUCCCAUGGGACAACCGCAAGGAGGUUUCGUCAGAACCAGUUCCAAAAAUACCACAACGAUUGUCUACGCUAGCAGGAUCGACUCUCGAUGGCUUCGACGAGCCUCUGGCGACGGCACGACCCGUUAUCCUCAGUCCCGUGGAAGAGAAUGUUGAAAUCAGGGAAAUCAAGCCAAGCAAAACCAUUUUCCAAUACAACGAGAAUUACAACGCCGAGCUUGAGAAAGUGUCAUGCGUCAACCUCGAGAUGACAGGCCGCUGGUUGGAAGAGCAGGAUGAGCUACAGGCCGCUCUACGUACUAUGAAGAACGUGAGCUCGCCCAGGCUUUCCGGUGGCACUCACAGCCGCGGAAACUCACUCGAAAAGCUUGCCGUCAAGAAGUCUGUCAAGUUCGCCGAAGAACCAAACAAGUCGCCAGCCCACGACGAGUCGGCACCAAAGCAGAUAAUGACCUACGUUCAAGGCCUUGAGUAUCUCCGUUCCCGGUCUCAGAAGAAGGACACCUUCAUCCACCGUCAGACUCGCGCUGAGGCAAUGCACGUACAGCGCCGAUGCAGUCCUCUUGCACACCGCAAUCAACUCCUUGGUAAGUUCGAGCUUAAUCAGCCGGAACGCCCGGCGCCACCGCGUCCUGUGUCCGAAUUCUUCGUCAAUGACCCAACCGUACUUAAGGAGAGGAUUGCGCGUGCACAGAUGGAGCGCCAGGCGCUCGACCAAAUGCUUCCGAUUCACUGGGUACUGCAAGCACAGAAAAAACUCAACGGUGGAAAGCUAUUAAGCAAACCCGCUGCACGAUGUGUUGCGCGUGCCGAUACACCACGCAUCCUUGACGUCGGCGGCGUGCCUACGAAUGACUGGGCCUGGGAUGUUGCAUAUGAUUAUCCCAACGCUACAGUGACUACCGUCUACACCGCGGGCAGCAACUUGUCAACCAAUGUCGCAGGGCCAGACAAUCACAAGAACCUUGCAGUUCCCAACCUGUGGACUCUUCCCUUUCCCUCCAACCACUUCGACGUCAUCUCCGCGCGGACACUUCAUGAGCUCUUGAAGACUCGCAAGCCCGUAGGUCGCUCCUCAGAUGAGUAUGAUCUCUGCCUCAAGGAGUGUAACAGGUGCCUUAAGUCCGGUGGCAUCUUGGAUUUCUCUCUCAUGGACGCUGAUAUGGUUCACGCUGGUCGCAACGCCCAGGCCAUGGGCGUUGAGUUUGGCUUCAAUCUGAAGACCAGGGGCUAUGAUGCGCAAGCCACAAAGACCUUUCUGCCUCGUCUCUCAAAGGCUGGCUUCAAGAAGGUACAAAGGGCGUGGAUUAUUCUGCCUAUGGGCAAGACAGCGGCGAAUUGGAAAGAGAACCUUGCCGUGGGCGCUGAGCCAAAUAUUCAGGAGAGGAGAAUUACUGAUGACGGAUCGAUCGAACUUGACACUGCGCCAGUAUAUGGCAGCACAAUGGAUGCAGCGAUGAUGACAGGUAUCGUAGGUAGUUGGACGUGGGAGAGGUGGCUGUUGAAGCUGCAGCUAGAGAUGGGCAAAGAAGAAGAGAAGCUUCUGGAGGGUGUUGUUCAGGUUCUAGAGGAGGGUGCUCAGGGAGGUGCUGGAUGGAGGACGCUCACAGGGUGGGCGAGGAAGCACUGA